CUCUCGUUUGUUUUGUUUCAUACACGUUUUUCCUUUUUCUUUUUUCCGUUCCCCUUCCUGUUGAUUGUUUUUUCUGUGGUCCUACCGGCGACGGUGCGCGAGUACCUCGCAUGUUGUAAUCGUUUCUGUGGCGGCUCGUUCAAUUUGGUGCCGGUAUAGCGGUACUGUGACUUCGCUCGUAUUCUUGCGCGUUUGUGUAACCGCUGCAUCUCCGCACGGCACAUGCCGUAGUUGCACCUCGCUGUGAACCGAGGCGUUCGCGGCAAACUCUGCGCGAUAAGAAACGUGUUGUGAGGAGCGAUCGGCGAUAGCCCUCUUCUGUUUGUUGCCGGCAUGUUUACGAACGCUGACAUUCGCGGUGUUGAGCGCGCACAGUGCAUGUCAAGCGGCUGUGAUUGCGACGGUUUCACGCGACCCACGGCUCUCGACACGUGCGAUGUGCAGGCCGCGUCUUUACAGUGCGGCUGGUGCUGCUACUGCGGUCACUUGCCUGUGUCCCACUGCCGUGUGGCAGGAGUGUCGUCCGUGGCAGCUGAACCAAAUGAAAACAGCGGCAUUCAGCUGGCAAGUAGUCCAUUAAUGGUGGGUGCUGUCCGGACAUUAUCUCCUGGCAAUUUGUCAUCCCCUGCUGAACCAAAUGAAAACAGCGGCAUUCAGCUGGCAAGUAGUCCAUUAAUGGUGGGUGCUGUCCGGACAUUAUCUCCUGGCAAUUUGUCAUCCCCUGGCAAUAAGGACACAAUAGGCAAAGAGCAAGUGGAUGGGGUCAAAUCUGUUCAAUGUCACUUGAAAUUGGAGCCAGGUUCAUUACCAGAAGAAAAUUCAGAAGUGGAGCCAAACCUAGAGCCAGAGCCGAUAUCAGAGCCUGAGCUGGCGCCAGAGCGUGAGCAGAUGCCAGAGCAUGAGACGAUGCCAGAGCGUGAGCCGAUGCCUGAGCCUGAGCCAAUGCAAGAGCCUGAGCUGAUGCAAGAGUCUGAGCCGAUGCCAGAGCCAGAGCUGAUGCCAGAGCCUGAGCUGACGCCAGAGCCAGAGUCAAGUUCAAAAGUAUCGAAAAAGAGGAGGCAUGAUUCGGAGGAUGACCUGACAUGUUCCUGUGGACUGAAGCAAAAGGUGAAGCAACUAGAACGAGAAAAAAGUAAACUUGCAAGGCAGCUGGAGGAUGCACAGAACAUUUCUGAAUCCCUUCAGUUGGUCAGAGAGCUCAAGGCGCUGAUGUGGACUGUACAGGGUAGCAGCAGAGUUAUUGAGACGACAAAGGUACCUCAACAAUCACAGGAUGCAUUAGUGGACAUUGGUGGUGGUGUCUUGGUCGACAAGUCGCGGCUGGACCAACUGCUCCUGGAGCCCUGCACAGCGGGUAGGUUUGCUCGCCGCCUGCUCCGUAUGGCGUUCACCCAUGAGGAGUUGCGAGGGAAGACCCUGUGUGGGAAGUCCUGCCAAGACAAGGAGGCCAAGGAAUCACUGGAUCCUGUGCGGCUUAAUGCAGUCAUUGGCUACACAUGUCGGCACUUCAAAACAUUCCCUGGCAAGUUGAAGAACAGCCUUUCAAGCAUGCUGUCUCGAGAAAUAAAGUGAGCAGGCAGAAUGACCUGCUGUGACCUGUAAUCAUAUCACGACAUCAAAAACGCAUAACAUUGCUGAGCUCUCAUUGAAAUGGUCAUUACAACUAGAACAGGUCUUUUAUCAAGAAUAAAUGUUGUAGAAGUGGUUUCUGA